CCGAGCAAGCUCUAGUUACCUCCGUGCAGCAGAGACGCAGGACGUAAAGCAAAGAGACAGUCAUUGGAGCCUUUGGUGUUCUAGUUAUUCGGUGAACUCUUAACACUCUUGUAGAUCUGUUGCAUUAUGGCCCAGACCAAAAGUGAUGUGAGUGUCACAGUGGAGAUUUCUAAUGGAGCUGUUAUCCACUGUCCUGUUGGAUUGUGCAUGGAGAUGGAAGAUCGGAGGACUGGAGAGGAAGAGGAGGAAUAUGAGGUGGAACUAGCAGAAGAAGUGGAUGAGGAUAUUCAGAUUGGAGGUGAGGAUGAUGUUGUGGACGACAAGGUAAAGGUUAAUGUAAUGUCUUCAACAGAUGGUACUGUCCAUAAAACAGUGCAAAACAACAAAGUUGUAAGUGAAGAGAUGGAAGACGAGAGAUCCCAACACAUAAAGCCUGAUCAAGAGGUAGAGCCGCAAUGGCCAAACAAAUCUUCAAAAGAGGUAAAAGUUAAAAAGUCAGAGGAAGAAGAGGAGGAAAUUGCAGAACCGACAGUGCCUGAGCUUCAGGUAGAAGUUGAAUUGUUAACGACAACGGAAUCACAAUCUCCAGAAUGUCAGAACGAAGCUAAACCAAACGCUAGCACCAAGGAGCUUGUAGAAACGGUCUUUGACAAGGGUCAAGCAGAUCACAAGUUGGAAACCGUGUGUGAAGACCAAAUGGACAACAAUGAACAAGCUGGUUUUCAAGUGCAGACCAUGAAUGCAAGGAAGGAGACAGACGAAGAACAGGAGCUAACCUUCUCUGAGGUAGGAGAGGACUCUUUUGGCCUCCUUCUUGAGAAAAACGAAAAUGCAAAUUCUGUAUCGAGUGAUAAUGAAACACAGAAACUAAAAAAUGAAAUACCACAUGAAAUAGAGGAUCAUAAAGAACUGAAUGAUGUCAUGGAGGAGGGCUGGCAAGAUCUAGAAGCACCACUAAACCAAGAAGAACAAAUACAAGUGGACGAAGAGCCACGGAUUGUUUCCACCACUGAAGAUGGUUCAUUAGAAGCCUUUCAGAGUCUCGUUGAUGAGCAAGAACCUGGGACAAAAGAGAUGCAAUGUGAUAAUGAUAGCAAAGUGGAGUCUAUGACUGACGUGCCUUCAAAAGUUGACUUCAAAGCAAUUGGAGAGCUAAUACCCAAUGAUGCUUUCAAGAUCAAAAAUGGAGAAGACCUGUCCACUGUUAAUAAAGUUGAAGAAAGUACAAUGGAUCGGAUUACACCAGAACAAGUGGUGACCAAGUUUUGUGGAAGCAUAGAGGAGAUGGUUGAGAAUUCAGAUCAACAGUUGGCAGAAAGCAUCAGUGAUGUUUCUACACAAGAGGAAGGUGAAAGCCUGGAGGAGGUACAACAGGUGGUGGGUGAGAACGGUGGCUCAGAUCUGGAGACAUAUGACAAGUGUGUGAGAAAUGAGACGGAUACACAAUCAGCCAUUGUCAAUGGACCCGAGAAGACACGAGGAGAUGAAGAGGUUGAUAAAGAGGGCAUUAGAAGGAUUCAAGAUGAGGUUGAGUCAAAAGAAGGGGUGGAGAUUACAGAGGAGCCAAAGCAGGUCAAGAAGGUGGAGCUUCCUGCAGAGGAGGGAGGGUGUGAAGAGGUACAACAGCCACAGGAAAUCACAACUGAUGCACCUGAGACUAUAGAAGAGGGGGCGGGUCAGCAGCAAGAACAGUCAGGCAGGGUCCACAAACAGGAGGUUGCAGAGGGAGGGGAUGUUGCAAAAGAACAGCCAAGACCUGUCAAUGAAGAGGUGGCAAAACCCAUAGAGGAGGGGGCAAGGAAAGCAAUAGAAGAUCCCAAGGAUGUCAUUGAAGAUGAGCCCAAGAUGAAAUUCAGAGACGGGGGGCAUAAAGUGACAAUGCCUUCUUGGUUUAAGGCAAGCGACACUGCAGAUGCUCAUAUCCAAGAGCCUCCAAAUCUCUUUGGCGGUCGUAUCAUUACCAUAAGCACAAGCAGUGAAAGGGAGGUGAAUAUCAAGGCCAAAGAUCAAGAGGUUACAAUGGAGAGUGCAAUUCCGGGGAUACCACCCUCGAUAGUGCGACAGGACGAGGCAAAGACCCUGAUGAAGAUGACAAGGAUGGGGCCACCAGCUCAACAAAUGGGGGAAGAUCCUCAAGACUCACAGAUCUCUCUCUAUGUGAAGGCUGGCAGUGAUGGAGAGAGUAUCGGAAACUGUCCCUUUUCUCAAAGGCUCUUCAUGAUUCUAUGGCUGAAGGGUGUUAUCUUCAAUGUCACAACUGUGGACCUCAAACGGAAACCAGCGGAUUUGCAGGAUCUCGCUCCAGGUACAAACCCUCCAUUCAUGACCUUCAAUGGAGAAGUUCUGGUGGACGUCAACAAGAUUGAGGAGUUCCUUGAGGAGAGACUUGUCCCUCCACAAUAUCCAAAGUUGGCAGCAAAGCACCCAGAAUCCAACACGGCAGGAAUAGACAUAUUUGCCAAAUUUUCGGCCUACAUCAAGAACCCUCGAAAAGAGGCAAAUGAGGGUCUGGAGAAAGCUCUUAUGAAGUCCCUGAAGAGACUGGAUGAGUAUUUGCAGACGCCGCUCCCAGAGGAAAUAGAUGCCAACAGCACAGAUGAUCCUGAUCCAUCCACACGCGGUUUUCUGGAUGGACUGGAUCUCACACUGGCCGACUGUAACCUGCUUCCCAAAUUACACAUCAUGAAGGUUGUUGCCCGGAAAUACAGAGGUUUUGAAAUUCCCGCUGAAAUGACUGGAGUUUGGCGAUAUUUGAAUAAUGCUUACCAGAGAGAAGAAUUCAUGAACACGUGCCCUGCUGACCGCGAGAUCGAGUUUGCUUACAUGGACGUCGCAAGAAAGAUCAAAUAGAUCCAGAUACAGAGACAAGUAGUGGUAGUUUAGUGUGUGUGUGUGUGUGUGUGUGUGUGUGUUGUGUGUGUGUGUGUGAGUGAGUGUGAGAGUGAGAAUGAAUGUGUACUGUGUGUAAGUGUGCACUCACUGGUGGAGCAGCACAAAUAUUGAUCGUAAAUCGGUAGAUUGGCUACUGUUUCCUUUAAUCAAUGGCAGGACCAGGAAAUUGUGAAAGACCCUUGUUACCUCUUAACAUCUUAAUAUGUAUCGACUCUGUCUUAUUGGAUGACAAACACUGUAGUUUUGGUAAAUUAACAUUCACGUAACGAACAUAAUGUUCUCCAUGGCCUUGACCAUUUUGCAGUUUAACUUGUAAUAAUAAUUUAAAAAAAAUUAAGCUAUAUAUGCUUGUCUCUAAUCUAUGUUUUAUUCUCCUUUUGAUUUUGCAUGUUUAUUCUGUUAUCAGAAAUGUUAAUUUAAUAAUAAUACAAAAAAAUAUUCUGGUCUACACACAUUUUCUAUUUAAAUUUUCUAUAUACAAAAAAAUAAAAUAAAAUAAUUUUACAAGUUCACAUAUAUACUUAAUAAAUCUCUCCUUUAAUACUGUUUUAUAUCAAUAAGGAAAAGCUAUUUUUACAGACUGACGUAUUUUUUGAAAACUGAUUCAAUUUUCCAUUUAACUGUUUUAAUGUUUAAAGUGUUGGAUGAAAACUGCUUUCAUGUUUCAAUUGUUUUAUAUCUAUGCACAAAAACAUGCAACUUAUGCAACUAUGUAACCUUGCGUAAACACCUUAUGAAGCUCUAAUGAGGAGACUUUAAUUAAACUAA